GCAACAUAACUUAGUGGAGAACCAGCAGGCCACCUGUUUGAGUACGUAGUCUAAACAUGGUGAGGGUGGAGCUGGAUCAGGUGGUGAUGAGGAGGAUGAAGGAGGACGACAUAGAGGUGGUCAAAGCCCUCAUCAAGGAGGGCUGUGAGGGCACAGAAAACCGCAUCAUCCUUCACAUCCUCACUCGUCCAAUGUGCCUCUUCAUCUUGGCUGUUCUCUCCUCAGUCCUACGCUGCCUUGUCCACUCCUUUAUCCUGGCUCUCACUAUCCCCGUCUUCCUCCUCAUUGUCUUUCUCAAAAUUACCAUGCCACGGUCCAUGGGUGUUCUGGGCAGCAGCCGUCCCUACUGGGACUAUGUUGGCAGCAGUUAUCGGGGAACACAGGAUGAAACGCUGCAGAAUCCCUACUGUAGAGUCAGUGGCCGAACACCAAUGAAAAAAAGGCCAAGAUCCAAAAUAGCAUCCAAAGACAAGGACAAGGAGUCGUCAACAGAGAAAAUCAGCCCAGAGAGGGAACAGGCAGCCGGACAUGUUUGGUUGGCAGAGUGCGAGGGGGAGAUCCUAGGCUGCAUCUUCCGAGAGAGUGAAACAGAAGCGGGCAUCAGGAGGAUCUGCAGGCUGGUGACGAGCUGCUGGUACCGUAAGGAGGGACUGGGUCGGCUGCUUGUCCAGAGUCUGGAGCAGAGAGAGAUGGGGACGGGGGCACAUAGGGUGUAUGCUCAUGUACCCUACCCUUCUAAAGUGGGGGAGGUUUUCUUCAAGAAAAUUGGCUACAGGCAGCUGGGGGUAGAGACUGUUGAAGAAGAAGAAGACGACGACAUUGAGAUGAAGCUUGAGACUCCAGAGAGAGGUUUUCUGGGAUACCCCCUCACUAAAGUGUUUUACAAAAACCUGUGACUGAGUGACAGUAGACUUAUGAAGUGGAAAAUAGCCAAAGAAUGGCUAAAGAUAAAGAAGUUGAUAACACCAAUGCAUCUUUGCUGAAGGUGUCAUUACUACAGUGUUUGUUUGUUUAAGUUAAUAAUUUAUUGAAUAUUUUAUUUAUGCCAGUAUUUAUUUGCUCUUAUUUGCUUUGUU